AUGGACAGUGAUUACCUCGAUUUUGAGCACCCCGAGCCAGUGCCAUGCUGUCGCAUUCUGAAUCCUAAUGACAGUCGGGGAGAAUUGAAGACUCAAUAUUCUUCCAAAGACAACGGUGGCCUGAUUUAUGACCGGGAAGAUGAUGGCGGCUUCAGCAUCUCGUUCGAGCGCAUCCUUCAAGUAGACGGUUGGAGCUGCGGUGCUGAGGCAGUUACUGAAAACACUCCGAGAGAGGCAAUGACACUCAUGGUGUUCAAGCUGACAGUCACCUGCACCAGGCCCAAACGCUGUGUGAGAAGCGUCAAAUCAAGAUUAAAGUUUGAGCGCUUGGAGAGGAGUGACAAACCCGGACCUGGGGUUGUGGCCUGGGCUCCUUUUCGCGAGUUGGAAAAGACCAACCAGACAAACGUUAAUGAGAAGCAAACGACCACGACAGACAUCCACGCGGGGUUCAAAGGAGAUGGCGCCGAAGUAGGCACAAGCCGGACAAAGGUCAAGGAGAUCUCCUUUGAACGCAAGUACUUUGCCCGGGCCUUUGCCGCUGCCACGAUGAACAAGGCUGGUAAGAGAGGUGGGGUCCAGUGGUGCAUGCAGCAGAACGAAAAACAGAAGGAUGGUGUUGUGCCAACCAUCUACACAGCAGUGCUUCUCAGUCGGGCCACACUUGAGGAGCCUUACAUUGUCGAAUCCAAGAUCCAGAUAAAUGGCGGCACCUUGUACGAUCUUAAGAACGAUACCCUUGACUUUUUUGGUAUAGGACCGGGAGUGACGAAGCCUUACCUGGUUCAACCGGAUUUUGAGCAGCCCCGAAUCAGGUACGAAGGAGCCAGUAUUUUCCCUACAGUUGACAGGGAAAACUUGUUUGGUCUUGUAACAAGGACGGAGCAAGGCCCUUUUGGCUUGGUUAUCCAUUGGGAGACGGAUGACCCGGCGGACGACAAAAACGAGACGGCUAUCAAGCUUGGAGAAACAAGGUAA